AUGGCCAACAAGUACGAGCUUCCAUUCAAGCUAGCCGAUCCUUCGCUGCUACACUUUGACUCAUUCGUGGGCGAUAAAUGGGUCGAGUCAACGAGCGGAAAGCGCUUUGAGGUUCUAGAUCCGGGAACUGAUAAGGCAUGGGCAAGCUGUCCCACAAACACCGCCGACGAUGUCUCCGCAGCUGUUGAAACAGCACACGCUGCAUUCGAGGACUUCCGAAAAGUGAACCCCCGGCAGCGAGCCAAGUGGCUGUUGAAAUGGUACGACUUGACCGUGCAGGCAAGAGAUGACCUUGCCCAGAUCAUCACCCACGAGACAGGAAAGCCUCUAGCCGAAGCCUACGGAGAAAUGGAUUAUUCACUGGGAUUCCUAUGGUGGUUUGCAGGAGAAGCGGAGCGUAUUCAAGGUUCCGUGUCACAGGCUGCCAUACCAAAUCGCCGCAUCUUUACUAUUAAGCAGCCAAUCGGUGUCGCAGCUGCCUUGGUGCCGUGGAACUUCCCCGUCGCAAUGGUGCUACGGAAGGCUGGUGCCGCUCUAGCGGCAGGCUGUACCAUUAUUGUGAAGCCUAGUCCCGAGACUCCCAUCUCGGUUCUAGUCCUAGUUGAGCUUGCCAAGCGAGCGGGAAUUCCUGCUGGUGUCUUGAAUGUCUUGACCACCGAUCUGGAGAAUACACCACCGCUGAGUGAGGCUCUGUGCAAGCACCCGCUCGUGAAGAAGGUAACCUUUACGGGAUCGACGAGGGUCGGUAAGCUUGUUGCAUCGCACUGCGCACUAGGCCUGAAGAAGGUGACUCUCGAGCUUGGAGGAAACUGUCCUUUCAUCGUUUUUGAUGAUGCCAACUUAGACCAGGCGCUAGACCAGCUUAUGACGUUGAAAUGGCGCCAUGCAGGACAGGCUUGCAUUACUGCUAACCGGAUAUACGUUCAAUCGGGUGUCUACGAUCGCUUUGCAGCACUGCUGAAGGAACGUACUGCUGCUCUAGUCGUUGGCCAUGGAUCAGCCAAGGACACCACGAUGGGCCCAUUGACAACCCCGCGUAGUAUUGACAAAGCUCUCGCUCAGGUCGAGGAUGCCCGUAACCAUGGCGCAAAGGUGCUAUGUGGUGGAAACCGUGUUAGCUCGCAACCAGGGUAUUUCUUCGAGCCUACAAUUCUCUCUGGAAUGACGGAUGAGAUGCAAAUUUCGCAAGAGGAAUCCUUUGCCCCGAUCGCAGCGCUUUAUCACUUCGAGACAGAAGACCAAGCGGUGAAAAUGGCGAAUGACACCAGCAUGGGAUUGGCGAGUUACGCAUUCACCAAGAACAUCGAUCGGAUGUGGCGUUUGUUGGAGAAUUUGGAGGCCGGAAUGAUUGGAAUGAAUACCGGUAACCAAUCGGCUGCCGAAUCGCCGUUUGGUGGGAUGAAGGAGUCGGGGUAUGGCAAGGAGAGCGGGAAGGAUGUUGCGGUGCAGGAAUAUUUGAUCACGAAAACGGGAACCUUGACGAUUGAGGGCCAAUACUGA